ACGAAAUUAGACAGCUUUCCCGUUUGUUCGAUUCCAUUUUUUGUUCGCAAAAUCCAAUCGUGAAGGAAUUUCUGAAGAAUAGGAAUGCUACUGCCGCUAAGCGAGCCUACACUACAGUGUGCAACAGUUAUCAUCGGAAACCACCUGUAACAGCGAACGACAUGAGAAAAGUUAAUGGGUAAAAUCGAUGCAUCGAAACGUAGCCUGCAACAGCUAGAGCAGGAAAUACAAACCCUCCUAUCGCCCGUAUCAACAAACCCCUUUCCGCCACCCCGUUCCCGCCGGUCAAGAGGAUCUACUGCACAGGCAAAUCAAGCGCCAGUAUUGGCUGUGAUAUCAUUGGACUGUGAUGAUGACCGGACGCCAUCACAGCCAAUUUUCCAAUCACAAUACCGGCGUGUGAUUAGAAGAAGCGGAGCAAACGAGGCUGGCACUCAAUCUAAUACGAUAAGCUUAGACUCCGAUGACGAGGGUAGUGGUGGAGCAGUAGAGCUACAACCUUCAUUUAGCGCCGCCAAUAGUUCGUUCGAAACGGAAAACUACGAAAUGCGCAUCAAAAUCAAGUGGGGCCGGGGCAUCGAAACGUUCGUCCAUCGGCGGUAUCAAAAGUUUGAGGACAUUUUUGAGCUGGCGGCCAAAGAGUCUGCCGAUCGGGCGUGCAUUUUUCUCAACCUGGACGAUCGCAUAGUCUAUGCGAGCGAUACGCCCGAUUCCAUCGACUACAAACCGCACCAGUUCAUUGCUGGGCGCAUUCUAAAAACCAAAGCGCCAAUCCUUCCGACCGCUCACGGACCGUCGGCCGGCCACAAUAGCAACAUGAUCACGCUGAAGGUACAGAUGGAGAAACGGAAACAACCGCUACGGCUGCAGAUUGACAAGAAUCAAACCAUGUCCGUGCUGGUGAUUAAAUGCGCCGAAGAGCUCAAGUGUGAACCGAAGGACAUUCGGCUGUACUUUGACGGCGAGCUGGUUGGCAAUAAUGAUAAGCCAGAGGAUCUCGACCUGGAAGGGGACGAGAUACUGGACAUUCGUUUUGUGAAGUAACUGGAUGAAAUGCGCAGAGAGCUUUGUUGUUGCCCUGUUUUUUUUUAUAUUAUGAUUUUGCAUUACUAGUUUCAAAUAUAUAAAGUCGUUCGACAUAAAUAAAAUCAUCUUUGAUGGCAACAUUUUUCAAAGCCAGUGGGAGAGAACCAGUUAUCUGUAAAUUUUGAUACGGAUAUAGACGUCCCGAGAACAGUUAUGUUAGAAACAGCUUUACUGUUCACACUUGGUUGCCCACGAAGCAACGCUCCAAAGGUGCGCAACUUUUCGAGACAACGCGAUGAAAAGUCGUUAUUCGUAGAAUGGCAUUCAAUGUGGAAGCGAUUCCAUUGACGUAAGUCUAUUUAUUUCAAUUAUUUAAUUGAAGUGCGUAAAA